AUGGCGGGUUACGCUGAUCAAGCUAUCACAAAACCUACAACAGUAUGUGAUCUUGUCGAGCAGUGGGCACAGAGGCAACCAAACCACAUUGCCAUUUCUUUUGGAAAUAGAACAGUUACAUACUCAGAACUUGAUAAUGCAGCAACUCAUAUUGCAUGGCUUUUGUCUGAGAAGCAGGUUAAACUUGGAGACAAGAUUCCUGUGCUAGCGCAGAGAGGCCCGGAAAUGGUAGCCUGUUUCUUGGGCGUUCUUAAGGCUGGCGCUUCAUACAUUCCUAUUGAUACAGAAUCUUGGAGCGAAGACCGAAUCCAGUCAACACUGAAGCGAGUAUCUGCCCGAGUUAUUUUAAAUACUUGUACAGAAGAAUAUCUUGGAUAUGAAGAAAUUUCGCAUACCGAGAUUGAGGAAGCCUUUGCGCCCGGCACAGAGCGACACUGGCAAAGGAAAGAGGACCGCCCGUGGAAAAGAAUCCAGUCCACUGAUCUGGCCUAUAUAAUUUUCACUUCAGGCACAACAUCUACACCGAAAGGUGUCAUGAUUCCACACAGCGCACUCUUGAAUUAUGUCCAGCAAGGUGGAGAGGAGACUCCUUUCAAUCUGAACGCAACACCCGACGAUACUGUCAUGUUGAUAUUCUCACCGGCGUUCGAUGCAGCAACUGGUGCCAUUAUGACGACUCUUUGCAAUGGCGCUGAACUGAGGAUUGCAACCACCUCUGAUUUCUUACAUACUAUAACGCUGUGUACUAUUGUCGCGUGCACGCCCUCUGUUCUACAGACAAUACAAGAUCCAUCGACUUGUUCUAAAUUGCGUACUAUUGUGCUCGGCGGAGAAGCACCACCGAUUGCGUUGGUCCGCAAAUGGGCAGAAUCUUUGCCAACCUCUACCAUCUACAAUUUCUACGGACCAACAGAAACCACCAUUGCUUCGCUUGUGGCACGACUCCAUGCUGAUAAGCCGAUCACUUUGGGACGUCCAAUGUCGAAUGGCCGUGUAUUAUUGCUUGAUGGAGAAACGGAGUCUGAUUACGGAGAAAUUUGUUUAACUGGCCCAGGCCUGGCCAGGGGAUAUUACGAAAACGAAGCGCUCACAGCGGAAAAGUUUGUGUUCUGGCAAGGUGAAAGAAUUUACCGGACAGGAGACUUUGGCCGAUUGACAGAUCACGGACUGGAAUUCGCUGGUCGAAAGGACAGUUUUGUCAAAAACCGUGGAUUCCUUAUAAACCUCGAUGCUCAGGUGAUCCCCAUGCUUAGCAAUAGCCCCAAUGUCAUGGCAGCUACAGCUUUUAUGUAUCGUGGCCGACUGGUAGCCUUUGUAACGCCUGAAACUGUUGAUGGCGUUGCUUUACGAAAGAAUUUAUCUCUGGAGUACGAUGCUUUUAUUAUACCGGAUUUGAUUCGCGCAGUGGAAUUUCUUCCGCUCACUCCCAAUGGCAAGGCCGAUAAUCGUGCUCUGCAAUCGUUAUUAGACGCUGAAAGCUCCCAAGCGGUCGAUGGUGGUUUGCUACAAGGCAUUUCUAAUACUGAUUCAAAGAUGGAAAUAUUAAAGGCUGCGCUUUCCUUUGCUACAUCGAUUCCCCUGUCAGAUAUAACAGAUAACAGCUCCUUUGCGGAACUAGGUGGAAACUCGCUGGCGGGGUUGAAAGUAUUAUCCUUUUUACGCACAAAAGGCUUUCAUUUACGACUUAGCCUGCUCUUUGACCUUCCAGACCUAGCUACUAUUCAUGAUGCUAUAGAAAAGCUUGAUGAGGGAGAAGGAGAUACAGCAGAUCAGGCAGAUGCCCCUACCUCAGGGCCCUUGUCAACUCUUCAGGCCAAGAUGAUUCAAGCAGGACUUCGAAAUCCUACUGUGAAUUACAUGCUUUUACGAAUUUCUUUACCUCAUACAGGCAAGACGCUGAGUGGAAGUAGAUUCCAGUCUGCAUGGCGGCGCGUGAUUGAGCGACACUCAAUUUUUCGCACUACAUUUGACCUGAAGCAUCAAUUACAGGAAGUGCAACCAGAGCUUCAUCUUGAUUGGAGUAACGAGGAAACAACAAAAGAUCAAUUGCAAAGCAUUAUCCAAAUCCGUUCUCAGGAGAUGCGCAAGAAAAUUUCGUAUAUUGAACAUGGAGAUACAUUCGUCCCCAUCUCAGCCUACCGACUUAUCACUGUCCCUAACAUCGGCUCUACGCUCUUAUCUCUUGUGCAUCACAGUAUAGCAGAUGGUUGGUCAUUCAGUGUGAUAUUGGAAGAGCUUCGAUUAGCCUUGGACGGCAAAUCCCUCUCAGAUCCUCCACAGUUCAUAAACAUCGCCAAGACUCAAACCCGGCUACAAGAAGAUGCCCAGGGCAACGCAUUCUGGGAUGCGCUACUGGAGAAUAGUUUAACACAGCCGCAAUUGACGCUGCCGAAGCCUCCUUCUGAUACACCAGCGGCUGACUGGUCCAAGAGUCUUCAAGUUAACCUUGGCUUCACACCGGAAGAAUUGGAAACUAAAGCACGUCUUCGGAGAAUCACGCCCGCAACGAUGAUCUACUCGGCGUGGGGUCUGGUUCUAUCAAACUACAGCUUUACUGAUCGGGUGGCAUUUGGUGCAGUGUUUUCUGGAAGAAACAUUGAUACGAUGAAUGUCGACCGAGUGGCUGGGCCACUCCUGAACACAUUACCGUUUCCUCUGGAGUUUAAGGAGGAACAGACUGUAGCUGACGUGCUUUCGACUACACAAAGCCAACUUUUGCAAAUGUUAGAGUUCCAGUGGUCUUCCGAUAAAACAGUGGCUAAAAUGCCAGCAGAGAGGAUAGCUAAUGCAUUCCAGACUAUUGUGGUCAUGGAAUACGAUCUGCCAACGCUGGCAGGAGUCUGUGAAGCGCUCCCAGAGCCAUGGGGAAUCGAACGCGACGAUAUGAUGGAGUUUGGUAUCUCCUUACUACUUGAAGUAGACGAUGAUGGAUGUCUUCGGGCUCGUAUUCUAUAUGAUGGUUUGCGAUAUACUGAGCAGAGUAUUACAGGCCUGUUGAACCACUUCAAGAGUGCGAUCAAAGGGCUACUUGACGACAAGAAUACUAUGGUUCAGGAUGUUCGAGCGAAGCUUAUCACGGGAGAGGAAAGACACAGCCUAUUGAAUCCACCACGCGGUCGUGUUGGAAAUUACCAAGGGUAUGACACUAUCAAGGAUGCGUUUGAGGCCUCUGCAGCAAAAUGGCCAGAUUUGCGAGCUCUGGAGUCGACUCGCGGUUCAAUGACUUACCGAGAACUUGACGAGGCUGCCAAUAAAUUGGCUAACCAUCUGAGAUCAAUCACAAAGCCAGGGAGUGUUGUUGGUAUUCUUACUGAUGGUUCCCUUCACUGGGUUGUGGCUAUCUUAGCAGUGCUUAAAGCAGGCUGCAUUUGUUGUGCAAUUGAUGUUAAUCUCCCAGCAGCGCGCAUCGAAAUCAUCACACAACAGAGUGGAGCUACUGUUUUUAUUGCUGCGAACGAAAACUGUGCUCGAGUAAUCCAGAAUACGCCAGAAAAGCAAAUUAUCGUCUCCGAGGAAUUUGUAGCAUCUUGCAAGACACAACCACAUCAACUCGAGACCAUCUCAAAGCCAAAGGACGUCAUCUAUCUCGUUUUCACGUCAGGAAGCACGGGAAUUCCCAAAGGUGUUGCUUUGCAUAACCACAGCCUUCUCAUGGUUAUUGAUCAUGAGCCUACCCGUCUCUUUUCUGGGCCUGGUCGUCGUAAUGGCCAAGUAUACGCUCUAGGUUUUGACGUGGUUCUGGUUGAAAUCUUUGGUACAAUUUGCUAUGGUGGCACACUUGUCUUAAAGGAUCCUAACGAUCCUCUGGGCCAUCUUAAGCAGGUUGACGCAGCGCAUUCCACCCCAUCACUGCUGGCAGCUCUGUCGCCGGAUGAAUACCCAAAUCUUGACACUAUUGGUCUUGCUGGAGAAGCCGUCCCUCAAAGUCUUGCUGAUGCGUGGUCGCACAAGCGGUUGUUCAACUUUUACGGGCCGAGUGAGUGCGCACCUAUUUCAACUGGGACUGAGCUUUUGCCUGGUGACAAGGUAACCAUCGGCAAAGCUGUCCCCCAUUUAGAUCUUUACCUGCUGGACCACCACCAGUGUCUUGUUCCGCCAGGAAUCACGGGAGAAAUCUAUCUUUCUGGAGAGCAAAUGACACGUGGAUACUGGAAUUUGACGAACCAAACUAAAGCUGCAUUUUUGCCAAAUCCUUUCCAUCCUGACAGAUUAAUGUACAAGACGGGAGAUUUGGGCUGUUGGACAGAAGACAUGAAGGUGGCAUAUGUGGGCCGUAUUGACAACCAAGUCAAAGUGCGAGGAUUCCGAAUCGAAAUGGAAGAGAUUGAGCGUGCUCUUGUACGAGCCGAUCCUGCUAUCCAACGUGCUGCUGCCAUUGUUAUUGACGGCAUCCGCAUUGUUGCUUUCGUGACACCAAGCACUGUUGACACUUCAGCAGUCUCUCGAAAAGUCAAGACAUUACUGCCAGCUUAUGCUUGCCCUGCCCAAGUCAUGGCCUUCGAAUCGUUGCCGCAAUCAUCAAAUCUCAAGAUUGAUAGAAAGGCGCUUCGGCUUAUGGCUACUGAGUACAAAGACAUAGGAGAUGCUCCAUCAUCUCCAACGGAAAAGAUUAUUGCAGAAGUCUGGAGCCAAAUUCUUAAUUUCGAGGGCGGUGAUAAAAUACGCAUCACCAGAGACGAUGACUUUUUAGCUAUCGGAGGAAACUCUUUGUUAGCUAUUAAGGCUGCUCGGCUGAUUUCUGAGUCUAUUGGAUAUCACAUCCCCAUGCCACUUCUAAUCAGAGAAAGGGUCUUAUCUGGCCUCGCGCAAGCUAUCGAUGGAUAUAAGGCUCAAGGAGAUCUAGAGGAUGGACUUACUACUUUCAGAUCCUUCUUAUCCAACCUAUCCUCCCCGACAAGCCUGGCCGUCCCCCAAGCACCAUCAGAGUUGGAAGAAGAGCUAUAUGUUUGGCAUACUGUGACUAACACAAAAUCUCUUCUCAACACCGCAUUUCAGUUCAUCAUCGAAGGUACCGUAGACGCUACCUUGCUAAAGCAGGCUGUGGUCUCCGUGAUCCAGAAAAACCCAAUUCUUCGAGCCCGCUACGUCCUUAGAGAAGGGAUAUUAUUCCGCUUAAUCAGCGAUGAAGUUGUCGAGCCGCUGUUUUUCACCGGAGGCUCGUUAGAUGACAAGGAAUUUCAGGCCUUGAUUGAUAAGCCAUUUGAUCUAGCCAACGAUCAACUUAUUCGAGCGGUCAUCUGGAGCCAAGAAGAUGAGAAUUCUAAAACAACGACGUCGCUCUCACUUAUAACUCAUCAUAUAAUUACAGACAAGGCCUCGAUUGCUUUAUUAUUGCAAUCAGUGAGUGAGGAGUACCAAUUAGCAGUUAAUGGUAUCACUACCCAUACACUGAGUGGAGAUACAAGCUCUCACGACGGCAAUUACAUUGAAUGGACUCAAUGGCUUCAGCAAAAUAGCAAGCUACCUGUGACACCUGAAAUGACAGCUAAACGGGAGUUCUGGAAAUCUCGAGUUGAAGGUAUACAGUCUAUUGAGUUUUUGGAUAACCCCGAAACUCAAACUGUUGACAUCGAAAUACCCGGCCACCAGUCUUUCGUCAUACCAACCACAGAUAGUGCGGGCUUUUCACAACGACUAGCCCUGGCUGCAACAGCACUUACAGUUUCAGCUGUGUUUGGUAACACCGAUAUUACGCUUGGUAUUCCGUAUAUGAGCAGAGAUGAGCCUGGUUCGGCAAACUUAAUGGGAUUAUUCCUUGACCGCCUUCCAGUGCGCUUUGUUCUUAACGAACACAACAUGACCGAUUCUGCCCGUCUCAUUAAUGACAUUACAUCAGAGGUCAAUCUUUCAACUGAGAACCAGAUACCCUACGCCAAAAUUCUACAGUUGGCAAAGGAUAAAAAGUCUCUCUUUGAUGUCAUGGUGAUUUAUCACUGGCAGUCGGAUGCCCUGGAACACUCUCUCAAGAUACCUGGAGCUCAAAUCUUGAGCAGACCUAUCCGAGCCCGAGGUGCCAAGUUCCCCCUGCAGUUAGAGUUUAGCGAGCAGCAAGAUGGACUACACUGCGGGAUCGAGUACAAUGCCUCUAAUAUCUCUCCGUCGCAGAUGGCAGCUAUUAUUUCCUACAUGCCUAUAGUGAUCAAGGGUCUUGUCUCUGGCUUAGCACCAGCUGAGAUCCUUUCUUCAUUCCGAACUGUCAAGCAUAUUAAUCCCUUGCUAGCUAUGCCUACUUUCAAGAGUAAGAUUGCUCAAGUUUGUGAGGCCUUUUCUGAGGCUCUGGCUAUACCUCUAACAGAGAUUGCUCCCGAUCUGACACUGUUCGAGCUUGGAGGAACACCUAUAACUGCGAUUCGGCUACACUAUUUAUUAACUGAAAGGGGCUUACAUUGUGAUUUGCUUAGCAUUAUCGGAAAGCCUACAGCGAAACACAUUGCUUGGUUGUGUUAG